AUGGCCCACUCUGAUCCUAUCACCCUAUACACCUGUGCGACUCCGAAUGGCUUCAAAAUUUCCAUCACCCUCGAAGAGCUAGGUCUAUCGUACAAUGCACGACCCAUUAAUCUCGUAUCCAUGAGCAGAAAGAAGAGUAUGAUAGCGACAAUUCGCUAUAUUCAGCUAUGCCAAGCGCACCACUUCGCUGGCUUCGCUCCUGUCCGUUCCGACUGGGUUAUCCAGCGCUAUGUGGACGAAACCAAGCGACUCUACAUGGUCCUGAACACGCGUCUCGGGGAAUCGCCCUAUGUCGCGGGCGAGAAGUUUACAAUCGCAGAUAUCGCCAGUUUUUGCUGGGUGCGGGCGUCGCCAAACCUAUUAGAUUUCAAUCUCGAUGAUUGGCCGGCGAUUCGGAAAUGGUAUGAUUCGAUUAUGGAGAGGGACACUGUGCAGAAGGCACUCAAUAUACCGACGCCUGCGAUGAUCGAGGCUCAGUUUGCGGCGAUUGUGGCAGGUAAGAGAAAGGAGAUGCUGGAGAGGAAGAAUGCGGAUUCGAAGUAG